AUGAAGGUUGUGUUGUGGGGGGUAUUCUCCGUGCUGUACCUCCUAUCUCCAGUGUUAUCCGCCAAUAAUGGGCAAAAUUUAGAAGAGAGCGUGAAUCGGUCAGCAGACCCGAGUGCCAUAGCAGAACCAAACAAUUCUGGUUAUUCAAAUUAUCUCCUGGAUUCUAAUUUUGCGAAUUCAAACGCACAAGCAUCAGCAUCAAGUAAUACACCAAUUUAUGGCCCGACUCUUGGUUCCAAUUCUUUGGUAUCAAGUGCUGCGCUUGCCAACUCCAAAGCGUUCUCUGAUAGUGGCGCAUAUGGUCCUUACAACCAACCAUUUAAUGGACCUGGAGGAAACCUAGUAAAUUUAGGAACAGGAACGAAUUCUUUCAGCAAUGCCCAAGCUUUGGCCGAAGCUUUUUCAGGAGCUCAAUCUGACACUUUUUCUGGUUCUGGAGUGAAAGUUCCAUUAGAAGCUCAAAAAAUAUAUCUUGGCCAGUCUAAUGCUCAGGCACAAUCUCUUGCUCAGUCUGCUGCUCAAGCAGCAAGCUUGGCUCAAGCUUUAUCUAACUCUCAUGUUCAUACUCAAGCUCCUUAUGAAGCAGGGUCUCAAGCUGUAGCUAACGCUCAAAGGACGAAUGGCUAUAACCUGGGAAGUUUCUCAGGAUAUUUACCGUCACGUGUACUUUACGAUGAAGCAUAUUUAGAUUUGGGAGGACAAACAGCUAAUGGACAAUCAAUGCCUCAUAUUGGAUCAAAGUUCUUCUGGAGACCGAUUCCAAGCAAUGAAUACAUAAGGCCACAUCAAUUCACAGACGGUCCAGAUAUUAACUGUAGAUUUGACGGUGAAUUACACCACGUCUGGACAGUGGACUUUGACUGCAUGGUGUGCGUGUGCCUGCAAGACUUGAGCCCAGUCUGUGCCAGCUGUAGUGGAUGCUCGAAACCUUUAAAACAUUUGCCACCCCUGCCUCCUCAACCUCCUUCUGUUGUAGCCGAACCAAUCCCAUCUGUGCCUCUUCUACCGCCACUACCACCGCCAAAACCAGAGGUAUCUUGCAGUCCGCUUCCAAGUAACCAAGUUUUUGAAAAUCCACUGAACCCUUGCCAGAUUUGCAUCUGCAGAGAGAUCAUUGAUGCAUUUGGAAAUAUUGAUGUCAAAAUCGAAUGCGAGGAAAACCUACAGUGCGAACCACAGUCGAUCAAUUCUGCACCAUAUCCGGCGCCGAAUGAAUCUUGUCGACCAUUUACCCCGAGGCAACCCUUCCAGCAUCCAUGGGACGAUUGUCAGGUCUGCAUUUGCACCGAGAGCGUUGCUCAUCAACGCGUCACCAUCGAGAUUAACUGCUUCAGUAAACCGGAUUGCUGUAUUGAAUACGCAAAACCACAACCGCAUGCGCCACUGUUACCUUACUAUAUUGGCGAUGGAUCUAGCAAUGCGGAAUCUUAUGGAAAAGUUGUACUCAGUGGAAGCCAAGGGAAUGCUUUAGCGGAAACCGACGCGAGCUCUGUUACAAACUCAGGAUACAACUUAUAUCAGCCCAGUCAACCAGGAUUUUUACCUAGCCCCAAAAUUUAUUAUACUGGACUUCCAAUACAGGGAGGCAAUUCCUUCGCAGAAGCUGAUGCUGGUGCUUCCGCUUCUGGAUUUAACCAGAUUCAACCAGUAUUUCCAACUCCCUAUCCUAAUCACCCAGUAGUUUUUGCGCCAGGUACAGGGUUCUAUCCAGGUAUUCCCGCAGUCCUAACAGGAAAGGGAAGCACACACGCACUAGCUAAUGCUGAUGCAAGCUCAGUUGUCAGUAACGGAUAUAAACCAGAUUAUGCAGGAUAUUACUCAGGACUCCAUGGGCUGAGUAACGCACAAACUUUAUCGGAAAGUGAAACACUUAACUAUGGAUAUAAGAAACCAAGCUAUACAGGGUAUAAUCUAAGUAACUUACCGAAACAGAAUUCGGGAUACUUUCCAGGACUAAACAGUGCCCAGGCUCUUGCCGAAGCUGAGUCCAGCGCCUCUGUAAAUUCUGGAUCUACCCAAUCAAUUUUACCAAUCUAUUAUUCAGGAUCACCAGAAAAUGAGGCAACAUCUUCAACUUAUGCUGGAUACAAUAAACAGAGUUUGCCUGGGUACUUUCCAGCCGCUGUAACAGGGCAAAGUAGUGAUGCGAUUGCUGGGGCGCACACUGGACUGACGACUUUCAACUAUCCAGGUGCUUUGAAAGGACAGAGUAACAUUCAAGCCUUUGCCGAAACUGAAGCAAGCACUUUAACCAAUUCUGGGCUUACCCCACUAAGUUAUCCGGGACGCUAUACUGUGCCGGGAUAUAGUGGUGCGCAAACGCUAACGGAAGCUGAAGCGAGUGCUUUGUCCAAUGCUGGGUAUAUAAAAUCUAAUUAUCCCGGUUACUAUCCAAUCACUUUGCAAGGACAAACGGGUUCACUGGCCAAUGCCGGAGCGGAGGCCAAUGCUUUUACGAAUGCUGCAUAUAAUAAAGGAAGUCAAGCAGUAUUCCCAUCGCUUUACACGCAAGGUUUACACACCGGUCACUCACUGCCAACGGGCUUGUCGACAGCUUCUGCAGAUGCCAAUUCUUUUGCAUCAGUAAAAGGAAGUUUGUUAGCUCCAGCUGAUGCUAAUGCACUUUCAAUUAAUUCCUUUGCCGAUGCUCUGAGUUCUGAAGCUCAAGCCGCAAGUCAAGCAAGUGAGUAAUCACUUCAAAUCUCUUAAUGUAGACUGACAAAUUAAAAUAUUUUCCUUUAGUAUGAAUAUACUAUUUAUUAACUCUUUUUUUUAAUUCUAGGUGCUAUGACUUCUUCCAUAAAAUCUGGUAAGUUAAAAUGUUUCUAUGCAAGGAUUCACAUCUUAGAUAUUCUACUAAGGGCUCGCAUGGGAAUGCAAAAAUAAAAUAUUAAGCGCCAUUUGGGUAUAAUAUUUAAAAAG